AUGGAAGGGGAGAGCAGACAGCUCAAUGCUGACGAGGCUGUCGGUGGAUGUGAGGAUUGUGUCAUCAUCAGGAACUGCAGUGACCAGUUCUCAGACGCCAAGAAUGUUCCCUUGACCCAAGUCACGGAGGCAAUCUGCACAGUGGAGCGAGAAGGCUGCAGAGCAAACUCACGACCGUCCAAGAGGAAGGUCUCCAGCACGAUUGCUUACAUCCAGGACCUGACUGAAGAUGGAGAUGAAGGUAGAGGUGGCGAGGCGGAGGACAGCAGUGGCUCUGGCUCUCCGUCCCUGAGCUGGCAAGCAACCGCUUCAGCAAGCACACCGCGGCUGUCCCCUGCCAGCCCUUACCCCACCAUUGACCUCACAGAUGAAGAAGUGACACCUUGGAGCAUCAGUACCCCAUUGGUUGAGCUGAGCCAGGACAGCCACCAGGAGGGCAUGGACACUCUCCAGGUGGAUGUGGAAAGCAGAGAUGGAGCCAACACUGAGUAUCAGGUCUCUGCUGACAAACUGGUGGCCCUUGUGUUCAGCCAGCAUUUUAACCUGGCUACCUUCAAUAAGCUGAUUUUUCUGGUUUCUCACAGGAAGGCCGUAUACCAUACUCUGCAGAGAGCCAGGGUGCGAGCUGGCAAGACCUUCCCCAGCAGCCCGGGAGACUCCGUGGAGGACCAGCUGAAGCCCAUGCUGGAGUGGGCCCAUGGGGGCUUCAAGCCCACUGGCAUCGAGGGCCUCAAACCGAACAACAAGCAACCAGAGAACAAAAGUCGAAGACGCACAACCAACGACUCUGCCUCUGCUGAGUACUGUCCCCCACCCAAGCGCCUCAAGACCAAUAGCUAUGGCGGGAAAGACCGAGGGGAGGAUGAUGAGAGCCGAGAACAGAUGGCUUCUGAUGUUGCCUACAACAAAGUCAGUCUGGAAGACCGCUGUUUGUCCUGCGGUAGGAAGAACCCUGUGUCCUUCCACCCCCUCUUUGAGGGUGGGCUCUGUCAGAGUUGCCGGGACCGCUUCCUGGAGCUCUUCUACAUGUAUGAUGAGGACGGCUAUCAGUCCUACUGCACCGUGUGCUGCGAGGGCCGUGAGCUCCUUCUGUGCAGCAACACAAGCUGCUGCAGGUGCUUCUGUGUGGAGUGUCUGGAGGUGCUGGUGGGUACAGGGACAGCUGAGGAUGCCAAGCUGCAGGAACCCUGGAGCUGCUAUAUGUGCCUCCCACAGCGCUGCCAUGGGGUCCUCAGGCGCAGGAAGGAUUGGAACACGCGCCUGCAAGACUUCUUCACUACUGACCCUGACCUCGAGGAAUUUGAGCUGCCUAAGGUGUUCCCAGCAAUUCCUGCAGCCAGGAGGAGACCCAUUAGAGUCCUGUCCCUGUUUGAUGGAAUUGCGACAGGGUACUUGGUGCUCAAAGACUUGGGUAUCAAAGUGGAAAAGUACGUUGCCUCCGAAGUCUGUGCCGAGUCCAUUGCCGUGGGCACCAUUAAGCAUGAAGGCCAAAUCAAAUACGUGGAUGACGUCAGGAACAUCACAAAGGGAAAUAUUGAUGAGUGGGGCCCAUUCGACUUGGUGAUUGGUGGAAGCCCUUGCAAUGACCUCUCUUGUGUGAACCCUGUCCGAAAAGGACUGUUUGAGGGCACUGGCCGACUCUUCUUUGAGUUUUAUCGGUUGCUAAAUUACUCACGCCCUGAGGAGUGUGAUGACCGUCCAUUCUUCUGGAUGUUUGAGAAUGUGGUAGCCAUGGAGGUCGGUGACAAGCGGGACAUCUCACGAUUCCUGGAGUGUAACCCAGUGAUGAUCGAUGCCAUCAAGGUUUCUGCCGCUCACAGGGCCAGAUACUUUUGGGGCAACCUGCCCGGGAUGAACAGGCCCGUGAUAGCUUCCAAGAAUGAUAAGCUUGAGCUGCAGGACUGCCUGGAGUUCAGUAGGACAGCAAAGUUAAAGAAAGUACAGACAAUAACCACCAAGUCGAACUCCAUCAGACAGGGGAAAAACCAGCUUUUCCCUGUAGUGAUGAAUGGCCAGGACGAUGACUUGUGGUGUACUGAGCUCGAAAGGAUCUUCGGCUUUCCUGCACACUACACAGACGUGUCCAACAUGGGCCGUGGUGCCCGCCAGAAGCUGCUGGGGAGGUCCUGGAGUGUACCGGUCAUCAGACACCUCUUUGCCCCCUUGAAGGACUACUUUGCAUGUGAAUAG